AUGAAUGUUUCGCUUACACUUAACUUAUUUAGAAAUCAGUCUUUCAAAUCAGCAAAAAUAUUUAUUUUCAUGUUAGCAAUUUUUCAAAACUUGGGAUCUUUAACGUUGCAUUCAGCAAUGGGUGUUGAUGCAGAAAUUUCAAGAGGAAAUAAAUCCAUACCUAUAGGACCCGAUGGUAAAAAAUUAAAACCUUGUUGUGCAUGUCCUGAAACAAAAAAAGAACGUGAUGCUUGGUAA